AUGAGCUUUCAAGGUGUUGCCCAAAUUUUCCAGCUCAACACCUCCGUUGCUGCUUUUCACCGUUUGGUGGCCGCCAAGGACACUCCUGAUCACCGCCGAAAGCUGCAUGAAAGCAGGCAACGUAUGCUGCAGAUAGUGAAAGACACUACUGCUCAGCUGAAAUCCUUAACCCAAUCUGAUGAGAUUCACCAUCACCAUGUAAAUCAAUCUUGGAAGGAAGUAGUUUAUAUGUACGGUGAGAUUGCUUUAAAUGAAGCCCUUAUUGAGGAAAGGGAACAGGACAUGAAAGAAAUACAAUUCCAAAUCAAAGAAACAAAUGAGAUUUUCAAGGACCUUGCUGUUCUUGUCCAUGACCAAGGCAUAGUUUUUGAAGAAGUUAAUACAAACUUGGACUCUGCCUCUGUUGCCACUACUGAAGCUGAUUCUCAGCUGGCCAAGGCUUGGAUCGAGAAGGGCAAGUGUUUUACGUUUUGCCUCGUAUUAAAGGUAUUGGUUUUUCUAUGUAAUGAUCCAUGGUUUUCCUCCGCCUUAAGUGAGGGUUUCUAA